AGAAAAUCCUGGCUGCGUCAGACAUAUAAAUAAAGAAGCACCCGACAUUUGUUGACGCUCGAAUGACGAGUUCGCGCGUUUUUCGCUCCGGAAUAUUCAUCUGAGGGAGAAGAGGCGGCCCGCGAGGAUGUCGUGCGCGAGGAAGGGCUCGGGGGAGAUCUGUUUUGAUACGAUUUCGCUUUGAGUCGAGAAACGAAAUCCAAGUGUGUUUUGAUGCGAGACAGAAAUGGCGGAUAUUAUAUUUAUCACGCAUUUCGUACUCUUGUUGACAUUCAAAUUAUGUUCAGGCGAAGGAGAGAUUGCGUUGCAGGAGCAAGACAUUUCUGUUGACAAUGAAAAGUUAAAUAUACCUGAGCCAUUGGAGCACAGUCUCAGUAGCAACGCAAUUGGUCAUAAACAUUUCAAGUGCCAUAUAUGUGAAGAUUCCGAGUGUUCGUUACCUAGUAUCUGUGAAGAUGCGAUUACUUGUUGGAAGUCCAGGGUGAGAGAAGCUGAUGGUACUGAAUCCGUUAGUCGUGGCUGUUAUAAAUUAGAAGAACAUAAGUUGUUUAUGUGUAAUAAAGACGGCAACCAAGAUGGAGAACGUAAGGAAAGACAUACUAGAGGAUUAGGAGGUGGUGUUCAAUAUUCCGUGGAAUGCUGUCAAGCAGAUUUUUGUAACAUUGGACCAUAUCCUGUGCUACCAGAUUAUUCGACUAAUGCCGAUAGAGGAAACUAUGUAGUGAAGUUAACAUUCGCGAUUCUUGGACCAAUGGUCGGAUUGGUCGUCAUUUCAGCAGCUCUAUUCUGUUUGCUGAUGCAUCGAACGCGAAGGAAAAGGCCGAUCACGUCGUCGCGUCGGAACAAACUUAUUUUAGAUUCCGAAAUUGAGCCUUCCAUGUUACAUUUCUCCUUUUCAUCGCCCGCAUCGUCUGCCACUUAUCAUCCACACGAAGUUAGGGCAACGGCUGCCGGUGACAGUACACUUAAGGAGUAUCUAGACGGCCGAAGUUUGACCAGUGGCUCCGGUUCUGGCUUGCCCCUGCUAGUGCAAAGAACUUUAGCGAAGCAGGUAGCUUUAGUGGAGCGUCUGGGUAACGGAAGCAGCGGAGGAUUCGGCGGUGAGGUGUGGCGAGGGAUCUGGCACGGCGAGAAUGUGGCUGUAAAGAUUUACUUCUCGCGGGACGAGGCCGCGUGGGCGCGGGAGACCGAGGUCUACUCUCAGUUGUUGCCCUCUAGGCACGACAAUAUCCUCGGAUACGUUGGCAGCGACAUGACCAGCAGAGCCAGCUGCACCCAGCUCUGGCUGGUGACGCAGUACCAUCCCCUCGGCUCGCUCUUCGAUCAUCUGAAUCGGUCGCCGCAUCCGCUGACGCCCCAUCAAACGCUCAAUAUUUGUCUGAGCAUCGCCAACGGCCUGCUUUACCUGCACACGGAGAUUCACGGCACCAGGGGAAAGCCGGCUAUGGCCCAUCGUAAUCUCAAGUCGAAGAACAUCCUGGUGAAGACCAACGGCGGUUGCGUGAUCGCCGAUUUCGCGCUAGCGGUCACUCAGGAUCGCCUUACGGCAGAUAUAGUCGAUACGCAACUAUAUCAAGGAACUAGACGCUACAUGAGUCCAGAACUUCUCGAUCAGACAAUGUUCUUCGGGUGUUUAGAGAACUUUAGACGGGCGGAUAUCUAUAGUUUAGGAUUGGUGAUGUGGGAGGUCUGUCGCAGAUGCAUAAGCAACGGCGUGGCCUUGGAGUACGCGAAGCCAUAUUACGAAUGGCUGCCGAGCAACAAUCAGGAGCCUUCUAUAGAAGAAAUGCACAAAUUAGUUUCGCUCGACCAACGUAGGCCGCCGCUUCCUAAUAGAUGGCACUCCAACCCGACACUGGCCGGGAUGGGAAAACUGAUGCGAGAGUGCUGGCAUGGGAAACCGGCUGCCAGACUACCCAUUCUUAGGGUAAAGAAGACGCUCGUGAAAUUAGCAGCUAGCGAUUCUCGUGUUCAUUUACCGCUCGAUUGACCAGCGUUCAUCCUUUUCGAGCUCUUUUUCAUCCAUGUAUUUAUUACUGUUACUGCGACAAGUCGCCACGCGCAUUGCAAGUUCGAUCAUUACCAUUAUUAUCACUAUCAUCAUUAUUAUCAUCAUCAUUAUCAUUAUGAUCAUCAUCAUCAUCAACAAUCGUGCGUUAUCGUAUGCAUUAUAUCAAGAAGAUGAGGAAAUAUCGCAUAUUGACAUAUCGAAAUAACAAAUGUUAAUACGUUUGUUAAUGUUUGGCAUAUGAAUUCUGUUGCCUUACGUUCUAUAUUACUGUUACUAUUCUGGAACAGUGGUAGUAUUAAGUGUAUAGUUUCGUAGUAUCGAUUGAAUCAGAUCGUUAAGUACAGAAUGUUGUUAAUUCAAGAUGGUGCAAAAUUAUCUGUCAAAAAGCAGACAUAUUCGUAGAAAUGUAUGAAUUUUGUUUGUAUCAGAGCGACCGCAUCAGCAGUUUUGUAGGACGCAUUAUACAGGGUGUUAUAAAAGUACCGGAACAGCAGAAUAAUUCGAAAAAUA